AGAAUUUAAAAUCAUAGCCCCGAAAACAAACAAAUAUCCAUUAUUAAUAUAAAAUCACACAAAAGCUAGGAAGAAAGCCAACAACACCAUCAAGCUUUCCCACACACGAAUAAUUGUUUUCAACGAGAGCAGUGAUAUCCUAAAGAUCGAGAGAAUCAUCAUCGAUCAUGGGAUCCCAAACACAGUCUCAAGAACUUCAUGUGGUGGACUUCACCGACGAAAACACGAAGAAGCCCGGCACCGAUGCAUGGCUCUCAGCGUGCAGUGUAGUGAGGACUGCACUCGAGGACAACGGUUUUUUCAUGGCACGCUAUGAUAAAGUUGGCAAAGAGCUUUGUGACUCAGUUGUAUCUGCGGUGGAAGAGCUAUUUGAUCUCCCUGUGGAGACAAAAGCGCAAAAGACUAGUGAGAAACUUUUCCAUGGCUACUUAGGGCAAGUCUCGUGGCUUCCUUUGUAUGAAUCUGUGGGCAUUGAUGAUCCGUUGACCUUGCUAGGGUGUCAAAAAUUUGGCCACAUAAUGUGGCCGGAGGGGAAUCAUCGUUUCUGUGAAAGCAUCAAUGAGUAUUCUAAGUUGUUGGGAGAGUUGGACCAUAUGGCGAAGAGAAUGGUGUUUGAGAGCUAUGGUGUGGACAUGCAACGAUGCGAUUCUUUCAUAGAAUCAAACGAUUAUCUACUUCGAUGCAUGAUGUAUAGGACACCCCAGACGGGUGAAAUUGAUUUGGGACUGCAACCUCACUCGGACUUGACCAUCACUUCCAUUGUACAUCAGCUGAAUAAUCUGAAUGGCUUGGAAAUCAAACUGAAGGAUGGGGAAUGGAAAGGGAUUGAUGCUUCACCCUCUUCGUUUGUAGUUAUGGCAGGUGACGCAUUCAAUGUGUGGAGUAAUGGCAGAAUACGGCCAUGUGAACACAGAGUUACAAUGAAUGCAAAGAAAACCAGAUACUCUAUGGGACUGUUUUCUUUUGGUGGUAAUAAGGUGAUGCGUAUACCUGAGGAGCUAGUUAAUAAGCAACAUCCCUUGCGUUAUAAACCACUAUUCGACCAUUAUGAAUACCUUCGUUUCUAUGACAAAGAGAAAAUCAAAGAGCCUUACUCUCGAAUCCAAGCCCAUUGUGGAAUCUCUACCCUACAGUAGUACGUACGAAGAAGGAAAAUGUUAAUCGUGCUGAUGAAUAAAUUGGUUGCAUGCCUUAUACUACGUGUGCUCUUCUGUUGGGAACUACGAUUCUAAUCCUAAGCAGAAAUAAUAAAGGAAAAGCAAUAGUGGAAAUUUCUCAUGUAUUCACUUCAAUUCUGGAUACACAUUUAUAAGCAGCACAAGCUAAUUGGUGCAUGUGUCCCACUGUGAGUGCGCUGAAUUUUAAUAACAAAAUUGAACAAAUUGUUAUAACAGAAUUGGUUAAGGAAAUUUAGAAAUAUUCUUGUCCUUAUGCUAGUGUUGGCCUCUUGAUGUUCCUGCUUGGUCUGGUAUCAGCCCUCUCUGUAUUGCUAUCAUCUUCCUACGUGCAUGCCUACCGAAGUUCCUAGUGUUAUGUCACUAUUUUUUGUUUGAUGAACAAUAUUAUAGUAGGUUCUAAGGUUUCAGGCACAUGUACGAACAGAAUGUAUUGAUAUAUAAUUGUAAUUCUUGUUUCUCGUUAAAA